AAAACAAAAAGAUUAAAAACAACAGAGGAGGAUAGUAGAUAUAGAGAGCGCAUAAAACGGCUUGUGCUUCCGGUGUCAGUGAAGUUGCUACCGAGUUCUGAAAUAAGCUAAUCAGGUUUUUUUUAUGAGUAAGCUGAAACUCCUGUUUGAAUGAUGGAUAUUUAAGAUCUUUGUUGAAAUCUCUGCGUGACGAUGGCCGCCUCAGAACCUGCGAGUUCAGUGGGAGAGAAUAUAUCAGUGGAGGCUAUCGCUGCCCCCAGGAAGCCUCGGAUUUUACUUGCUGCUAGUGGAAGUGUUGCCGCUGUUAAAUUUGCGAAUCUUUGUCAUUGUUUCUCUGAAUGGGCAGAAGUAAGAGCAGUUGCCACAAACUCAUCUUUGCAUUUUAUUGACCGAACGGCAAUUCCCAAAGAUGUUAUUUUGUAUUCGGACGAGAAUGAAUGGUCUAGUUGGAAGAAACUUGGCGAUAGCGUGCUUCACAUUGAGCUUCGUAAAUGGGCUGAUAUCAUGGUCAUUGCUCCGUUAUCGGCAAACACUCUUGGCAAGAUUGCCGGAGGAUUGUGCGACAAUCUACUGACUUGUAUUGUGCGAGCGUGGGACUACAGCAAGCCAUUCUUCGUUGCACCGGCAAUGAACACUUUUAUGUGGAACAAUCCUUUCACAGAGCGGCAUCUUAUCUCGAUUGAUGAGCUUGGUAUUUCACUCAUUCCACCUGUUACUAAGAGGUUAGCUUGUGGAGAUUAUGGCAAUGGUGCAAUGGCUGAACCUUCAACAAUUUACUCCACUGUAAGACUCUUUUAUGAGUCAAAGGCUCAAUAAAGUAAUAAUGGUGACAUUUAAUUAUGUUGACAACUGUACAACAAGUAUGAAUGGUUUAUUGGGACUUGUCUUGAUCUAUUGAUCCUGUUUAAUGCAUCAUUAUUUUUAGUGUUAAGGGAAUGUGCCAUAUUCUCCUUUUAAGUCUUAGAGGUUGAUGAGUAAUAGGUUUUGUAGGCUCUGACACACCCUUUUGGAUAUUUGGUCGUGUAAAAUAACUUAUGAUGACAUUUUUUGUGUGUUGGAAAAUCAAGAUAUACCUGUGCGCAA